CAUGUUACAGCAGGAUAGGCGAGGAAAGACCUGGUGAAAUAUUACUGAAAUUGGAGAAAACGUAGCUGAUCUAAUUGCGUGCAAACUAAUCAUUUGAAAGGAAAAUUGUAUUCCCCCCACCCCAAUUUAAGGUAAAUAAUUGUACAAAUUAUCGCGUAUGAUGGCGGCUGUUGACAGUUUCCAUCUUUUGUACAGAGAAAUUGCCAGAUCGUGCAAUUGUUAUGUAGAAACACUGGCACUGGUGGGUGCAUGCUACACUGUCAGCAAGGCUGUAGUAUUUAUGAGGGACUGUUAUAGCCUGAUAAGGCUUCACUUUAUUCCACGACUUGUCGGCCAUAGGGUUCUGAGUCAACAAUAUGGACAAUGGGCUGUCAUUUGUGGUGCUUCGGAGGCAAUAUCUAAAGCAUAUGCAGAAGAACUGGCCAAAAAUGGCAUCAGUGUGAUUCUGAUCAGCAAUGACAUCAGUAGUGUGGCUGAAACUGCCAAGGCUAUCACAGAAACUUAUGGAGUAGAGGCCAUUCUGAUUGAGGCUGAUUUCAGUCAGGGGCCCUCUGCCUGCAAACCCAUCAAAGAUGCCAUCUGUGGUAAAGACAUUGGAUUCAUCAUUAACAGCCUGGAAGGGUCUCUAGACCACUCUCAAGACUUUAUCGACCUGUCUGAAGCUGGAGUUUGGGACAUUAUGAAUAGAAAUAUAGUAGCAGCUACACUUGUGUCCCACCUGGCACUACCCACCAUGGUAGAGAAGGGCAAAGGAGCAGUGGUCAACAUUUCCAUGGGGGGAUGUUCACGUCCGACUCCUAGAAAGGCUGCCCUCUCUGCAUCUACGGCCUUUCUUGAUCAUUUCAGUCGUGCUCUGCAUUAUGAAUAUGGCCAUCGAGGAAUCUUUGUGCAGAGUUUGCUGCCUUUUAGAGUUGCAGCUCAAAGACCUGAGGGCUCCAGUGCUGCUGGCUGGCUGGUGCCAGGUCCUCAAGUGUAUGCAAGCCAUGCUCUUUCAACCCUGGGCGUCUCUCACAGAACCACAGGAUACUGGCCUCACACCAUACAGUUUCGACUGGUACAGUGCAUACCAGAGUGUGUAUGGAUGCUGGGAUCUCGUUUGUUCGCACAAGCCAUCUGAGAGGAUCGCUUGCUCUCAGUGUGAAAGACUUGCUGGUUCUAGAAAUUGAUGUGCUGAGUUCAGAUUUAGUUUCACCAAACUUCAUCUUUUGACCAUCAUAGUACAUGAGUGAUAAAAGUGUGUUGAGACUUAAAAAUGAAAAUAAACCACUUACCCUGUCUCUUUACCCCAAUCAUACUGCGUUCUGUGUUUAAGACCUCAGAAUUUCAAUAAAUCUGUUUGCACAAUACAUUUGUUUGUUUUCUAAUUGGCUUGAAUGAUAAUGAUUGGAUCAUGAUUUUGAAGCUAUAUUAGACUUUUAGUAUUUAUUAAUAUAUGACAAUUUUGUAAUGUUUAUGCACUUGUUUUUUUAAACUUUAAUGUACUCCUUAUAUAUUUGCAAAGAUCAUACAUUUGAAAAAAAAUGAAAUAAAUGGUAACAGUUGAUAUUAAGGUUGUGUUUGUUAACAUUAAUUUAACUACACUAUUUAACUUCAAUUAACAUUUACAGCACUGAUCUUCAACAUAGUAAUACAUUUUCCACAAUAAAAGUUGUAUAUGUUCACAAUAAUGCAUUAUGAACUAAUGUGAAUUUUAAUGAACAAAGUGUAAUUGAACAUUAACCUAGAUUAAUAAAUAAAUGUAAAUUUUUCAGCACACUGUAUUUUAAAGAUAAUUUUGUAAAAAUCCAAAUAACUUAACAGAUCUUUAUUGUAAAGGGUUUAAACAAUGAUUCCAUGCUUGUUCAAUGAACCGUAAACAAUUAAUGAACAUGCACCUGUGGAACGGUCGUUAAAACACUAACAGCUUACAGACGAUAGGCAAUUAAGGUCACAGUUAUCAAAACUUAGGACACUAAAGAGACCUUUCUACUGACUCUGUAAAACACCAAAAGAAAGAUGCCCAGGGUCCCUGCUCAUCUGUGUGAAUGUGCCUUAGGCAUGUUGCAUGGAGGCAUGAGGACUGCAGAUGUGGCCAGGGCAAUAAAUUGCAAUGUUCUUACUGUGAGACGCCUAAGACAGCGCUACAGGGAGACAGGAUGGACAGCUGACCGCAGUGGAAGACCACGUGUAACAACACCUGCACAGGAUUAGUACAUCUGAAUAUCACACCUGCAGAACAGGUACAGGAUGGCAACAACAACUGCCCGAGUUAAACCAGGAACACACAGUCCCCCCCCUUUGUUCAGAGACGCAUUAUUCCAUUUCUGUUAGUCACAUAUCUGUGAAAUUGUUCAGUUUAUGUCUUGGUUGUUAAAUCUUGUUAUGUUCAUGCAAAUAUUUACACAUGUUAAGCAGUUGAAAGUGAGAUUUUUUUUAUGUAAAAAAAUAAAUAAAAAAUCAUGAUACCCAGUGCAUUAAUGUUAUCAAAUGCAAACUUAUUGUAAAGUUUUAUGUAUAAGUAAAUGUAACUCUGAUUUUGUAAUAGUUUUUUUAAUUUAUUUUUUUAGUUGUUUUACUCCGCAGUGAUGUAUGUUCUUGAUUGUUGCAUUGAUUAGCCAGUGGUUUGUUAUUGCAUUGUUGCUCAUUUAGCAAUUGAAACAUCAAUA